ACGUACCUCAAGGCGGAAGUGGGGUCAGACUGGCGUGCGCGCUCAUGUGAGAGAUCCUGCGGGUUACUACAGACGCUCCGCGGCUCGCGCGCUUUCAGAGAAUAACGGCAGAAACCGGAGAAUUCACCGACAACGCACUGAAGCCGCGACACGCGUCUGAGAAACGGAAACAUCUGCGAUGUCAUUUAUAUUUGACUGGAUCUACAGAGGCUUCAGUGGAGUGCUGCAGUUUUUAGGUUUGUAUAAGAAGUCUGGAAAGCUGGUUUUUCUUGGGCUGGAUAAUGCUGGGAAGACGACGCUGCUGCACAUGCUCAAAGACGACAGAUUAGGACAACAUGUGCCCACAUUACACCCCACAUCAGAGGAGCUGACCAUCGCAGGAAUGACAUUCACUACGUUUGAUCUGGGUGGUCAUGUACAAGCACGGAGAGUGUGGAAGAACUACCUUCCUGCGGUCAACGGUGUGGUUUUCCUCGUGGAUUGUGCGGAUCACGAGCGUCUGGCGGAGUCUAAGCUGGAGCUGGAUGCUCUGCUGUCAGACGAGACCAUCUCCGGCGUGCCCGUGCUGGUUUUGGGGAAUAAGAUCGACCGCCCGGAGGCCGUGAGCGAGAUGAGUCUGCGAGAGGUGUUCGCUCUGGACGGACAGACCACUGGGAAGGGUAGCGUGUCGCUGAAGGAGCUGAACGUGCGGCCGCUGGAGGUCUUUAUGUGCAGCGUCUUGAAGAAGCAGGGUUACGGCGAAGGUUUCCGCUGGCUCUCGCAGUACAUCGACUGAUUUCAUCCCUUCUGGCCUGACUUGAUUUUAUUAUCAGCAAUAAGUAUGGAAACCUGUUUCUGACACGGAUUAAAAAAAUUAAAAAGGUCAUUGUGACUUUUUUUUCACAAAUUAAAGAAAAAGUCAGAACUGCGAGAAAGAAAGUCAUAAUUCUGAGUUUCUAAAGUCACAAUUUUGCCAUUUUUUUUCUCUGAGUUCUAAGUUUCUCUGUGUUUUUCUUAAAAUUGUGAAGAAAGUAUGCAUUGUGAGAUCUCGCAAUUCUGUUUUGUUUCUGCCAUAAACGAGGGUAACUUUUCAUCUCACAAUUCUGACAUUUGUUGUUGCGAUUUCUGGUUUAUAUCUCAGAAUUCUGACUUUUUUCCUCACAAAGAAGAAAAGUCAGAAUUGCAAGAGAGUCAUAAUUUUGACUUUUUUUUUUUUUUUUUCUCAGAAUAAUAAUGUUACAUCUUGCAAUUCUGUUUUUUUCCCCCUACAAUGAAAUAAACAAUAAAAAAAGACUAUUGCAACUUUUUAUCUCGCGCUUCUGACUUUCUCUCACAAUAUGGACCUCUUUUCUCAUAAUUCUGAGAAAAAGCCAGAACUGUGAGGAAAAAAAUUUCUGAAUUAUAAAAUAUAAAUUCAGAAUUGCUAGAAAAAAAGAUAAAAAAAGUCAUGGUUCCUUUUUAAAUUUUUGAUCCUGUGGCAGAAACAAGCUUCUAUAAAUAAGAGCUGUUGAUUUGAUCAUUUUGUGUAUUUAGUGGUUAUUUUAUUGAUCGGUUUUGUGUUCUGCAUGUUAAAGGUGGCGGGUGUCGUAUUGUAAUUGACACACUGCAGCUUUAAACGCAGAAGCACAUGCUCUUACUGUAUUAAAGGCCUGCGAGCCUGGAAUCCAGCCACUGCUUUUUAAAUAAUAAUCAAAGCACAUGUGAUUUUUUCAGUUUCUGCAGCUUCUGAAUAAUAUUAAGACAACAUUUGAUCGGGGAGUUUUCACAUUGCACUGUUAUACUUGAGUGUUAGUAUUAUUUAGCUUCUUUCUGCAUUAUAAAGAGCUGAUGUGUUUGAGAUGUACAGUAUGCUGUAAUAUAUAUAUAUUUUACUGUAGAUAAUGUUCAUAUAGUGCUGAAUGUCAAUCUGUCGUCAGAUGUCGUUGGCGUUUGUUGAUCAUCAGGUGAAGCUUUGGCUCGUCUGAUAUGAGAGCACCUACGGCACAGACGUGAUCAUUUUUUGCAAAUGUGUAAAUAUUGUAUAAUGAAGUAUAAAUGUGUUUUUAUUGUUUAUAGCCUUGACUUGAGUGUACAGGAAUCCAUCAUAACAGACUGUAAACAUCUAUAAACUAUAACUAUUUUGAAGAAUGUUUCUACUGUUGUUAUUAUCUUGAUUUUCAAGUUCAGAAAGCUGAACUUAAGAGUGAAAAUGACCAGGUCUGUUAAACUUCAACAAGGACAAUGAUGGAUUUGUUUCAGCUUUUGUCUUCUCCAGAUGUUAACUGAUGGACUGGAGUGCUGUGGAUUAUUGUGAUGUUUUUAUCAGCUCUCAUUCUGACGGCACCCAUUCACUGCAGAGCAUCC